AUGGCGCUCGACCAUCGACGAGUGGGGCGUCUGGUGGGAGAGGCCGAAGGAGAUGUCACCGUUGCCGACCCUGGAGAGGGCGUACUGACGGUGGUAACAGGCCGACAAAGGAUACCGAUGGCGAAGCCAAAGGACCUUGUGUUCGGGGUGGACCAUCUAGAGCCGAACAUCAUGACCGAGGCGGAGGUGGCGAAGAUCCGGGCUCUGUACAACAUACCAUAA